UAUAAAACCAAUAAACCUCAAUGUUGCUACGAAUUCAAACCAGAUUAAAACAUAUGCACACAAUAUGUUUAAGAUGAUAAUCCGUAACCUUGAUCUUAAACGCAAAUCCAAUCGCAAAUCCAAUUUCAUAAAUCAUGAAUCCCCAAUUUUAAAUCCAAUUUCAUAAAUUUGGGAUGACAUAUACGCAAAUCCAAUUUCAUGAAUCCCCAAUUUUAAAUCCAAUCUUAAACGCAAAUCUAAUAUUAAAUCCAGUUUCUUUUAACCCAAAAAUUGUUGGGGGUACGAUGACAUAUACACAUACUAUGUUUCAACAUUGUGUUCAAGGAAGUUUUUUUUAAAAGGAUAUCAAUGUAUUUGGGAUCCAGCACCUCUUAAUGUUGUGAACGCUGAGACGGACGAAUCAUGGAAGAUAAAAGUCAAAAUUGUACGAUUGUGGAAGCAGACGUACACCAACAACCUUGCCAUGGUGGCAAGCAUCGAUAUGGUCCUCAUGGAUGAGCAGGGUAAUAAGAUCCAGGCUACUGUCAAAAGGAACUUGUUUCCCCAGUUUGAAAUGUUGCUACUAGAGGGGGCUGUCAGGGUCAUUUCGAACUUUGGUCUUGCAUCAAAUACGGGAAAGUUCUUGCUUACUCAGCACAAAUGCAAAAUUAACUUCUACCGUACCACAGUCGUCCGUAUUUGCACCGACUGGGACUCUGAUGAACAGCAGUUCGAUUUUAUGUCAUUCACUGACAUUCUGGCUCAGAAAAGGGACCCAAUCUAUGCUUUUGAUGUAAUUGGUGAGGUGAUCUGGUGUGAUUCCACGAAGGUUUUGUCCACAAAAGGCGGUCAAUACAGGAUCAAAACUGUUCAUCUCCAAGACACUCAGGGUGUCAAAUUAAAUUUAGCACUAUGGGACAACUAUGCUGAUCAGUUGACAACGUUUUUGGCUGAUGAAAAAAACAAGGAUACCAGUGUAAUCCUUCUGCUUGAGUUUGCCAAAUCAGGAGAAUGGGGAAUUAAAUGAACUUCAGGUCUCUAAUUCGAUGUUUGGAUCCCGGUUGUGGAUUAAUGAUGAUCUCCCUGCUAUAAGCGAGUUCAAGGACAGGUUGUUGGCUGUAAAUGCUGAAGUUAAUGCAAACAACAGGGUACUUUCCUCAAACAUGGUGUAUUCGAAUCCACGUGAUUACUGGAUGAAGUGGGAAGUGAAAACUAUUGACGAGAUUGCUGAUAUCAACACGGUUACCGGUUGUGUUGUCGUUGGUACCAUUAUCUCUAUUCAAGCAGAAAAUGGAUGGUAUUAUCUUGCUUGCCAUAAAUGUUCUAAGAAAGUAGAACGAGUGUUUACUGCUUUGGAUGGCAUUCCCAAAUCUAAGUUUGAGUGUGGUGAAUGCGGGGUAGUAACUGAUGUGUAUGGGAGGAUAAAGCUCCAAGUGAGGGUACAAGAUGGAACUGGAACUGUUUUUUUUAUCUUAUUUCAAAAAGAUGUGACUGACUUCAUUGGAAAAAAGGCAACGGAUCUUUUAAGCAAGAUCAACCAGGAGGAUGACUUUGAACUAUUUCCGGAAGACUUUAACAUGUUUAUCAACAAACGAUUUGCGUUUAAGAUCAAGGUUUCGGAUUAUAAUCUUAAACACAACUAUCGUGUCUACACUGUUAACAAGCUAAGUGUCGAUGAAGGUAUCAUCAACUCUGUUUUGGAAUUAAUUCCAAUGCUUGAGGAUAUCCCUGAUAUCCCCCGAGAUGCUGAUGUCAAAAUAGAGUCGAUUGAAUCAAAAGCGGCUCUCUCAAAGGAUGCGGUUUCGGUGACUGGAGAUACAACUACCCCUAAUGAACUGUUGAAAAGCACUGCGUCCAGUCCUGGUACAAAAAGGAAAAAUGAGGAUGCGGGCGAUGAAACUCAUGUCAUGUUCAAGGCAUCUUCUUCAAAGAAUCGUCCUGAUAUUUCCACCUUGAAGAUACCGAAGAUGGAGAAGCUUUAAGCUGAAGCCUACAUUGAAGCCUACAUCAACGAUCACCUGCUUCUUUUUCAUGCUACUCUUUUAGAGUUAUUGCAUUUUCGUUCAGUCCAUUUUAGACAGUUUGAAUUUUUAGCUUGGUUUGGUUUGUUUUGGUUAUGUUUUCUUUCAUGGA